CUUGUCUUCUGAAAUAGAUCUUGACAAGAGAAGGCUGUGAAAGUAUUUAAAGAGCCAUACAAGGAGAAAGGAAAUGGAAAAGAAUGAUGGAGACCAAGAUUCUACUGAUCGUGAACUUGUAUCAUUUAUUGAGCAGGGUUCAAAGCUGGACACAGAAGCUGAUGCUGCGAGCUUGAUAGCAGCCAUCAAGCAAUGCCCGAAGCUGAGAGUACUCUGCUUGCAAGGCAAUUCCAUUGGUGUUGAAGCAGCCAAAGGGAUAGCAAAGGCUUUGGAAUCCAAGCCUGAUUUAGAAAGAGCUCAAUGGAAGGACAUGUUCACUGGCCGCCUGAAGCAAGAAAUCCCAGAAGCUUUGACAUACUUGGGAGGUGGUCUGCAGCUGGCAGAUGCACAUUUGGUUGAAUUGGAUCUGAGUGACAAUGCCUUGGGUCCCAUUGGAGCAGAAGGUGUCAAAGUUCUUUUAGAAAGUUCAGUCUGCUUCUCCCUUCAGGAGCUAAAACUGAACAACAAUGGUCUUGGCAUUGAGGGAGGCCAGAUUGUGGCAGCAGCUCUUCUGAACUGUUAUUCCAAGAGUGUUGAAGCUGGGAGGCCUCUAUCCCUAAAGACCUUCAUUGCUGGGAGGAAUAGACUUGAGAAUAAAGGUGCCAUGGCAUUUGCAGAUGUUUUCAAGCGAGUGGGAACUAUGGAGGAAGUUGGAAUGCCACAGAAUGGUAUCUAUCAUCAAGGAGUAACAUCUCUUGCUGAGGCAUUUGAGAAGAAUCCUAAUCUGCAUACUAUCAAUCUCAGCGACAACACAAUAGUUUCUAGAGGUGCUCGAUCAUUGAAGGGAGCUUUGGCAAAAUUGUCAAAUUUGAAAAUCCUCAAUCUUGGAGAUUGUCUCCUCAAGGACAAAGGAGCAGAGGAACUAGUGGAAGGUCUUAAGGCUCCCCACCCUCACUUGGAAGAAGUGAUUCUAUCUUCCAAUGAGAUGUCUGUGAGCUCUGCCCUCAAGAUUAUUCCAGCACUGGAAGAUGCAACAAAUUUGAAAUGUUUAAACUUGGAUGGAAAUUGCUUUGGGGAAUGGGGCAUAGAGAAGAUCCGAGAGAGAUGUCAUGAGUGUGGACUUGAAGAAAACCUAAUUUCUUUUGAUGAAGAUGAAGGUGAGCCUGAUGAAGAAGAAGAGGAGAGUGGUGAAGAAUCAGAUGAUGAGGAAUCUUCAGAAUCGCUAGAUGAAGAUGUGGGAGCCACUGAUUCCACCCAAACUGCUUCAACAACAUCAGCUGACUACAAAAUUGGGGAAACAGCCCUUUCAUGCACACAAAUGAAAGGCCUCUUGGACCAACUUGAGAUAACCAAGCUUGAUGACACUGCCAUCGGGGGCACCCUCAGCUUUGCAGGCAGGGGGCUCAAGCUCAACAAUGAAGAUGAUGCCAAAGAAGUGAUUGAAGCAAUUGGAAACCAUCCUAACUUGCAUGUAUUGGAGCUGGAGGGAAAUACUAUUGGUGUUGAGGCAGCUAAGGGGAUAGGUCAGGCUUUGAGUAAACAUCCAAACCUGCAGAGAGCCAGGUGGAAGGACAUGUUUACUGGUAGACUUAGGCAGGAGAUCCCUGAUGCAUUGAAAUUCCUCGGUGAAGGCCUUCAAUCAGCAGGAGCCCAAUUGAUUGAGCUUGAUCUCAGUGACAAUGCCUUUGGACCUGUUGGAGCAGCAGGUCUUAAGAUCCUUCUGGAAAGUCGUGUUUGUCAGUCUCUUCAAGAGCUCCGACUCAAUAAUAAUGGACUUGGGACUCAAGGAGCACAGAUGGUUUCAGAUGCUCUUCUCAAGUGCCAUGAGAAUGGUUCUAAGGUCAGACAACCACUGGCACUCAAAACCUUUGUUUGUGGCAGAAAUCGUCUGGAAAAUGGAGGAGCAAUAGCUUUUGCCAAAGUUUUCAAAACUAAAGGAGCCAGGUCAAUUGCUGAAGGCUUAGCAAAGGGUCAUGAUGGCCUUGAGGAGUUGUGCCUGGAUCACAAUGAAAUGCAUAAAGAAGGAGCUCUGGCUAUAGUAGACUCCCUGAAGAAGAAGUCAAAACUUUCCAAGCUGAACCUCAAUGGAAAUAACUUUGGCAAGCAAGGUUGUGAUGACAUCAGAAAGAAGCUCACUCCCAUAGGAAAGAUUGAUGCACUCCUUGAUCUUAAUGAGGAUGAGAGUUGUGAUGAGAGUGAAGAGGAAGAUAGUGCUGAUUUGGUUGGUACCAUUCAGCCAGAGCAGUGCACACCUGAGGCUUUCUUUUCACACCCCUCAGCCUCCAAAUUCAUGGGUCUUAGUGGUGAUAAAGCCACAGUCCUUAGCCAGUACCUGCAUAAACAGAGAGGAGAGCUGGAGGAUUGGGUGCCCAUUCAGACUGGAUUUCUGAUCAGGUUGGGUUCCCUAGCAAGUGAGCCCAGCAUUAGAGAUGAUGUCAUCCAAUGCCUCAAGCUUCUUCUCAAACAGAUGAUGGCUUCUUUCAGUCCAGAUGAUCAUUCCCAUUUCACAAAUACAGUGUUGAUUUAUUCUGGUCUCAUCAAGAGUGAAGACAAGUCCUUCCGAGUGAUGUGGAGCAUCGAGGGUGUGGGGAUUGCCAUGGAGUCUCUCGUCAAGGAGGCCUUAUUCCCAGGCAAUACUUGCAAAACCCUUCAGCUGUUUCUUGGAAGGCCUGCUGUGCGUGGUGACAGAAAGAAUCCAUUUGAUGACUUCCCACAAGUGAAGCAUAGACUCUUGCAGGCUCUUUUUGCAUUCUGAAAUUCCUGUCAUUCUGAGUUGGGGAAAUUGCAAACAGGUGCCAAUCUUCAGUCAAGCUUUUCUGGACAAGAGCCUUGAUCCAGGGUGAUACCUUCCUACUAUUGAUGAAGCUUGAUCCUAUCUUGUGAUCCUCUUUCAUAAGAUGACUUGGUGGGCCUGUGAACCCUCAUCGGCAAUUUUUUAAAAAGUAAAUUGAGUGCUUAUGGGUCCAUUGGCAGUUUUCUUCUUCCACUCACUGUCAUAUAUGAAAUGGUUCAUAAAGGCAACUAAUGUGGUAGUCAUACAUUAAACCUUAUCCAAUGUUGAUCAGAUUGUUCAUAAAGCUUGGAAAAAAAAAAAUCAUUGUGGAGC